AUGAAUAUAUAUGUGUAUAUUAUUACGUAUAAAAUAUAAGCUGUGUGUUGUUUCUUUCCGGAAGUCUUCCCUCAUCUUGACCCCAACUUUUCUCCCAUCCCAACUGCUAAAGAUUCCGACUUUACGAUGAAAAUAUAGCUUUUGAAUCUUCUUCUUCCACUUUCCUUAUGUUUUGGGGCUAUAUAAGUAUAUAACUGUGCGUGAUUGGGAUGUAAGUAAUCGAAGGGGAGCUGUUAGCCUGUUCAUAUAGGUUAGGUGUGGGCAGUGUUUGGUCUCUUGUUAGAUACACUGUUGUGCUUGGUAGAUUGUGCUGUUUAGGGCUCUUUUAUGGGCCCAGGUUUCCACUGAGGUGGGUUUUCAUGGUGGAAUUAAGACUAUUUCCCGCGCUGCUUUUCUCUUUUCUGAACCCAUUUCUUGCUGUCUCGCAUUUGGGGGUCUAGGGUUCCUUUAUUAAAGAUAAGAUUUGGCUUUUUUUAGGUUUCCUCCUUUUCCUAUUUUGUGAUUUGGGUCGAUUUCUUUCUUUUGGUUAUGUGUUGGAAGAGCGAAUCUUUGUAUCUUUCUUGAUUCAAUUUGGUGCUCAGUUUCAGAGCUUAGUUCUUGAAGAGUUGAUCUUAUUUUCCAAUUGAUGUUUCCAUGGUUUGCAGGUAGAAAUUAUAUUUGUGAAUUGGGAAUGAAUGAUGAAUUAAAGUGGGACUGCAUUUGGUGAAUUAGAAAUGGCUAAUCGUCUGAGAACAGAUAGAGUUAUUCAACCUCCUCUGGUUGAUUCAACAACUUGUCUUUGUAGAGUGGAUGCUGGGUUAAAAACGGUUGCUAGUGCUAAACGGUAUGUGCCCGGGUCAAAACUCUGUCUUCAGCCAGACAUCAAACCAUCUAUCCAGACCACCCGACCCAAACACACGCGUGACAAAAGUCGAACCCAAUCCCCCCUUCUCCCUGGCCUCCCCGACGAUCUUGCUAUUGCUUGCCUCAUCCGUGUCUCUAGGGUUGACCAUUCGAAGCUCCGUCUUGUUUGCAAAAGAUGGUACCGUCUCUUAUCCGGAAAUUUCUACUACUCCCUCAGGAAGAAACUUGAAAUCGCUGAAGAAUGGGUUUACGUCAUCAAGAAGGACCGUGAGGGUAAGGUGUCAUGGCACGCGUUUGAUCCAGCAAACCAGUUGUGGGUCCCACUCCCACCUGUUCCCAAAGAAUACUCCGAAGCAAUAGGGUUCGGGUGUGCUGUCCUCAGCGGUUGUCACCUCUAUUUGUUUGGCGGGAAGGAUCCGGUCAAGGGUUCAAUGAGACGAGUUGUAUUUUAUAGUGCUCGGAGCAAUAAAUGGCACCGGGCACCAGACAUGCUCCGCCGCCGCCAUUUUUUUGGGUUUAGUGUGAUGAACAACUGUUUAUAUGUAGCCGGUGGAGAGAAUGAGGGGGUCCAUGGGUCAUUGAAGUCUGCAGAGGUCUACGACCCGAACAAGAACAGGUGGUCUUUCAUUGCUGAUGUAAGCACCCCCAUGGUGCCCUUCAUCGGGGUGGUUUACAAUGGGAGGUGGUUCUUGAAAGGGUUGGGGGUCCACCGGGAGGUCGUGAGCGAGGUCUAUGAGCCAGAGACAGACACGUGGGAGCCGGUUCAGGAUGGGAUGAUGUCAGGGUGGAGGAACCCUAGCGCCGCCCUUGAUGGGCGGCUCUAUGCAGUGGACUGUAGGGACGGAUGCAAGCUGCGUGUUUACGACGACGCGGCUGGCUCUUGGAGCAACAAGCGCAUUGACGGGAGGAUGCACUUAGGGACCUCAAAGGCUUUUGAGGCAGCAGCGCUCCUCCCGCUCAACGGGAAGCUGUGCGUCGUGAGGAACAACAUGAGUGUAUCCCUCGUUGAUGUGGCAAGAUGCGGUGGUGACGUGGUGGGGACGGAGCACCUGUGGGAGAAUAUCGGGGGGAAGGAGGGACAGCUGAAGAGUUUGGUCAGUAAUUUCUUCAAUAGUAUUGCGGGGAGAAGCCGCCUCAAAAGUCACAUUGUUCACUGCCAAGUUCUUCAGACUUGAUUAACUUUAGAAGUUUUGAGAAAUUAAAAUUGUUGUGUGAUGUUAAUGUAAGGAGUAUGCCUGCCUGCCUUCUUGUUGUAGCAUAUAAAAGUUGAAGUUAGCAUGUACGGAGUACUAUUUAUUAGUAAGGUAGAGACUUUAACAAAAAAAAAUGCUUCCUUUUGCCUUCUAGAGUUCUAGGACUUUCCUGCCAUUUCACCCAAUACAUAGAAGAGUUUUGCUUCACGUACACGUUCGGUUACACGUUUGGCUUACACGUUCAAGUGCAAUUGUAUGUGCAUACAAAAUUACACUUGAGUUUUAGUAAAAGGGAAAUUUCGUGACUCUAAAACUCAAGUGUAAUUGUUAGCAGACAAUUACACUUGGGCACACUGGGCAUGUACACAAAGCAAAAUUCUACAUAGAAAGACAGCUCUUGUAUCUUUUGAAACCCAAAGUUCUAUUUGAAACAAUAUAUCUUUCAUAGGUCCCGCUGAAUUGCAUCAUUUGAUUGCCGGUUUUGGCUAUGCGUCUUAAUUGAAAUUGAUCUUUGUACCUUUAACAAAGAUAAUUCAUGUAUAUCACUUUCGAACAUUCUGAGAAACAAUUACUUUCUUUACAUUGACUCGUUGUGUAAUUUGUUCACGUACACUUCUAUGAGUCCUGUGACUUUGGAUUAUAUUAGCAUACAUGUUUUGUUUGUUGGACAUAUAUCAAUAUCAAUA